AAGUUGCGGGAAGGCGGGAGGCGGGUCGCGGGGCUGGGCGGCUCCGGCGCUGCCUCCGCACCUGGGAGCAGAGCAGAGCCGAGCCGAGGCGCGGCGAGACAAGGCGAGGCGCGGCAAGCCGGGCGGCAGAGCGGGAAGCGGCUUCGCCAUGGCCACGGGCACGGGCACUGGCACGGGGCGCUUCGUGGUGUGGGACUACGUGGUGUUCGGGGCCAUGUUGCUCAUCUCCGCCGUCAUCGGCGUGUACUACGCCUUCGCGGGCGGCGGGCAGAAGACCUCCAAGGACUUCCUGAUGGGCGGGCGCAGCAUGAGCGCCCUGCCCGUGGCGCUGUCCCUCACCGCCAGCUUCAUGUCGGCCGUCACCGUGCUGGGCACCCCGGCCGAGGUGUACCGCUUCGGCGCCGUCUUCUGCGUCUUCGCCAUCACCUACCUCCUGGUGGUGCUGGCCAGCGCCGAGAUCUUCCUGCCCGUCUUCUACCGCCUGGGCAUCACCAGCACCUACGAGUAUUUAGAGCUUCGAUUUAAUAAAUAUCUGCGUCUCUGUGGGACAGUCCUCUUCAUUAUACAAACGAUUUUGUAUACCGGAAUUGUUAUUUAUGCUCCAGCUCUGGCACUAAAUCAAGUCACAGGAUUUGAUCUGUGGGGUGCAGUGGUUGCCACUGGAGUGGUCUGUACAUUCUAUUGCACGCUGGGUGGUUUAAAGGCUGUUGUCUGGACAGAUGUUUUCCAAGUUGGGAUCAUGGUAGCUGGGUUUUCAUCAGUGAUUAUACGUUCUGUGGUGGUUCAAGGGGGAAUCCAACGCAUUCUAAAUGAUUCCUAUGAUGGAGGAAGAUUAAACUUCUGGGACUUUAAUCCCAAUCCCUUGCAAAGACAUACCUUCUGGACAAUUGUUAUAGGUGGGACCUUCACCUGGACUGGAAUAUAUGGGGUCAACCAAGCUCAAGUUCAGAGAUACAUUGCCUGCAAAACCAGAUUCCAAGCAAAACUGUCUCUCUAUAUAAACUUGGUGGGACUCUGGGCGAUUCUCACCUGUGCAGUGUUUUCCGGAUUAGCUCUGUACUCAAUUUACAAGGAUUGUGACCCAUGGACAGCAAAGAAGGUGUCAGCACCAGACCAGUUAAUGCCAUACUUGGUACUGGAUAUUCUGCGAGACUUUCCAGGCGUGCCAGGGCUGUUUGUGGCUAGUGCCUACAGUGGGACGUUAAGUACAGUAUCCUCCAGCAUCAAUGCUUUAGCUGCUGUCACCGUCGAGGAUCUCGUUAAACCUUACUUCAGAACACUCUCUGAACAGAAAUUGUCUUGGAUUUCCAAGGGGAUGAGUCUGUUUUAUGGUGGACUCUGUAUUGCUAUGGCUGCUUUGGCAUCCCUGAUGGGAGGUUUGUUGCAGGCAGCUCUCAGUAUUUUUGGCAUGGUUGGAGGCCCUCUUCUAGGUCUGUUUUCUCUGGGAAUCCUUUGCCCCAUCACAAAUCCCCUGGGCGCAUUUGUAGGUCUUCUAAGUGGCUUUGUUGUAUCUCUCUGGGUUGGAAUUGGAGCUCAGAUUUAUCCUCCUCUCCCUGAGAGGACUAUGCCAUUAAAGCUUAGAACUAUAGGCUGUGAGACAGAACCACUAGGCAACUGGACUGCAACAAUGGCCAUGCCAAUUUUAACAACACUCUCACAUGCUCCAGUCAUAGAAAGACCUGUUCUAGCUGAUCACUGGUAUUCCUUGUCCUAUCUGUACUUCAGCACACUUGGGACUCUGGUCACAAUAGCAGUGGGAAUAAUUGUCAGCCUUUUAUCAGGAGGAAGGAAGCAAAAUAUUGACCGUAAAUUCCUGCUGACAAAAGAGGACUUCCUGUCCAACUUCGCAUUUUCUAAACCUGAGAAAAAGGAGAAAGUGGAAGUUUUGAACUGGAAACUUCACAAUCUGGCAGAUGAAGGAAUCGACAAUCUUGCUUUCAACCAUAUUGAAAUGAAUUUCACAGACAAUAAAGAGAAAGUCAAUGGCAUUCAUAUAUGACCUGGUGCCAUGGAGCUCUUACCUACAAACAUUUUAGUUACUGUUUUGAAGACGUUGGUGGCAUUUCUGGAAAGAAUUAAUUUACCUACUAUAGCUCUGGUUAUAUGCAAGAAUCCUUACCAUGCUCCAUGUCUUCACCACAUUGGAAUAACGUUAAGAAUAAGAAGAAUUUCAAAAAAAGGAAUCAGGUGUCUCUUAUGUAAGUGGCCUUUAAUGCAGGAAUUCAGAGAUUUUCUGUAUGAAAUCAUUUUUGUGUGGUCUCCUGUAAAAAUAUUUGCUUAAAAUCUCAGUUAAUUUUCAGAGUAAUAUUUUAAAGGAGGGCAUUCAUGAAGGAAGCAGAAUUUAACAUUAAAAAUAUCUUUCCUUGUAGAAGUGCUGACCUUGAGUACCUACUGGCCAUUUUUUUAUGAAGAUAGCCAUUGCUGCAGUAUCUGAGCACUGUGUAGGCAAAGCAUUCAACCGCAAAUAUGUGGGGAAGUUGCUUAACCCCAUCUCUUCAAUGCCAAGGCUGAAGAGCUGGGCUAGACCUUAGAGAGUUUGUUAGAAAUGUUUAGAGAAAAGGUCCUUCCUCAUCACCCCGCAUGCCCCAAAGCAACAACAGAACUAAUCAACUCAGGAUUUUUGAUUAUUAGAUCAGAUUUUUUGCAUAGCUCGUAGGGUGUGAAGGGAACUCUCUACCCCUUUAUACCCACAAUGUGUAUGAUUCCAUAGGUAGAAAGUUACAAAAUAGUAGGGUUUUUUUGCUAUGUGCAGACCCGCUAGCAUAAUUCAUGGGUUAAUUCAGUGCUUUUCAACUGUGGUCUGCAGACCCCUGGGGAUCUGCAGACUAUCCAAGGGGUCCGUGAAAGAUGACUAUCAUCAAUCAAAAAUAUGUGAACACCCACACUUACAAUUCAAAGGGGUUCGCACUUCCAUUCAAAAUUUUCCAUAAAUGAAAAAAGGUUGAAAGUCACUGGGCUACUCAAUGCUGCCUAGCACCUUGGGUAGCAACCAUUUACACUUUUGCAAACAGAGUAUAAAAUGCUACUAAAUAUGAGCUGUAAGUACAAUCACUCAAUUAAGUCCAAGCCAGAAUAGAACAUGUCUAGAAUUUUACAGGUGGAAAAACCUCAGUGCUCAAUUCUGUGUGAGAGUAAGGGGAAUCUGGCUGCUAUAAUUUACUGAACCCUGUCCCAAGUCCACCUAUAAGCUGAAGUACAGCUCAGAAACCCUGUAGCACUGUGCACUGUGGGCCUUCAAUUUACCUCCUAUUCAUUCCAUAUAUAUACUGGGGUUUUCAAGGGGAGCAGUAUAAGGCCACUUACAGCAUAAAGGGAAAGGGGAGUUUGUACGGUGGCCUUAUGCUGCUCUGUGGAGGAAAGGGAAUUUUCUCCUGCCCCUGUAGCAACUUGCUUUGGUACUCACUUAGAGCAGGGAACAGAAUCUGUCCUCCACUGUUUUUGAGCCACUUGGCAGUUUACACCUACGUAUUUUGUAUAAUGCAUAUUUAAAAAUGUAUUUUGUAUUAUAUUCUAGGAUAUUACAUUUAUGUUGUAUUAGGAUAAUUUGGGGAAAUAAAAGCCAUUAUAGAACAUCCUUUUUGUGUGAUCUAUGAAGGCACCACCCAGUCAAACUGAGGUUAAAAUUCUGACUGUAAUUUUAAGAUACUUACUAAAAAUCAUAGUGAAGACAGGCUGGAACAAAAACUGGAAGAACAUGGGUCACCUGGCGUAAGUGACCCUCAUUCCGUUGAAGUCAAUGGAACUGUGCCAAUUUACAUAAGCCAAAUCUGGCCAUUUGUAGUGUUUGCGAUCAACCUAUUUUACAUGUGUGCAGUGACAGAAAAGAGCUUAAUCAUAUGAUGCUCCAUGAGGGUUAAUUAUUCUUAUUAGUGUGCCUCCACUUGUUUUUGUUUGUUUGUUUGUUUUGUUUUGUUUUUUAACUAUUGCUGUGCUGGCUUUUCUCUUCAGACAUGAAGAAGAGUGUCUUACAUUUGAAAAAUUGCCUAAUUCUAUCUUAGCAAUACAUUUUGUCCAAUAAAAUAUAUCACCCAAAGAAAUCCUUGCCUCUCCACUGAUAAAGAAAUAGAACAUCACAUUUUAAAAGCAGCUCACAUAUAGUACAUUUUAAAAAUUAACUCUUAACAUGGCACUUUUUAUUCAAACAUGUGAAGGAAGGAAGGAAGGAAGGAAGGAAGGAAGGAAGGAAGGAAGGAAGGAAAGUCUCUAUUUUCCAAAGAGGACUGAGGCAUGAUGAAGUGAUUUCUCCAGUCGUCUAACAAAUCAGUGGUAGGCUUGGAGUAGAAACCGAGUCUCCUGUAUUCUAUCUCAAGUAACAAUAUUGCUACUGCUUGUUUAGAAAUGUUGGGCACUUUUACACAUACUCUGGGAGUGAUGUGGGGCAGCACUUUAAUUAGAGCAGCUCCGAGAGCCACUCUAAUUAAAGCACCACUGUGCCUCCUGUUUCAGCGUCCCUGUGCUGGAAAAUGGUGGUGGGGGCACUUGAACUGAAGCUUGCUUGCUUUGCCUCCGAAAAAUUGUGCCUAAUUCAAGUUUAUUGCCAUUUAAAGCCUCCUGUGUAAAUGACUGUGCCACAUCUGUUUUGAUACAAGUCAUAUCCUGGACCAAUCAGCACCGUAUUAAAACAGUUGUCUAUGUUUAGCCCAAAAUAUUACCAAUGUGCACUUCAUUGUAUUAUUCUACACUGAGAUAAAUGUUUGUAUUUUAUUUGAUACUUGAUUAAACUGUUGCGGGUCUCCUUUGACAUUA